AUGAAUAAUAAUUUUCUUACUUGGAAAUCACACGAUCUAAGAUCUUAUGAAGAUUUUAAUAGACAGAUAUGGCAUAGUUUAGUCACCAAUAUAAGUGAAACGCUUGUAGAUUUCCAGAAAUAUGUGGAUAGUCGGGAUAAUUCAUAUACACAAGAUGGCAUACUAUUUAUUCGGCCCACGGUGACUUCAACAAACAAUUAUGGCGCUCCAUUAAAGUAUGAUUCCUCUGAUAUGGUAUAUUCUGCACGUCUUAGUACAUUAGCUUCUCUGCUAUUUAUUUAUGGUCGAUUAGAGAUACGUGCAAAGUUGCCCACUGGUGAUUGGUUAUGGCCAGCAUUAUGGCUGAUGCCAAAAGAAAAAAAUGCGUAUGGGGAAUGGCCACGUUGCGGUGAAAUUGAUUUAAUGGAAUCACGUGGUAAUCGUAAAUUGAUACAAAAUGACACAAAUAUUGGCGCAAAACAAAUUGGAACGACUUUACAUUUUGGUCCAGCUCGUGGAUUCGAUGGUUGGCGGCAUGCACACUUUACAAAAAACCAAUACAAUUUAAAUACAGAAUUUCAUAUUUACACGUUAAUUUGGUCACCCUUUGGAUUUGAAUUUUAUUUAGACGACGAUUUAAUUGGUACAAUUUAUCCACCGUUUGGAGGUUUUUGGGAGCUUGGUGAAUUUGAGAAACAGACAAAUUUUUCAAAUCCAUGGGAGGAUCAAUCAUAUAUAGCACCAUUUGAUCAAUAUUUUUAUAUAAUAAUGAAUAUUGCUGUAGGUGGGAUAUCAGGUUAUUUUCCUGAUAACGCAGAGAAUCUUAAUUAUAAAAAACCAUGGAAAAACACUCAACCAGAAACUGCAAGAGAAGACUUUUUUAAGGCUAAACGAUCAUGGUUACGUUCAUGGCCAUAUAUGAACGAAAAUGGUGAAGAUUCGGCAAUGCAAAUUGAUUAUGUACGCUUAUAUGCAUUAUGAUAACAAUUGUUUACGAAAAUCAAAUUUGAUAAAAGUUUAAAAAAAUAAAUAAA